AUGCGUCGAGAAGGCGAAUCUGGCUCUUUGGACGCCGAAAAUUUUGACGAAGCUAAGGCAGCCGCGGCGCGAUCACUACACAAGACAGAGUUACCUACCCAUGUAAAGACUAUUCUUAUGGAUCCAAAGUGCGAUGAUUCCUCUAAAUGUGUGCAGCCAUUCUGGCUGAUCUGUACUGGACUUCGACGGUUCGUAAACAAACAUGGAGUUCUACCGCUCUCUGGCAACCUUCCUGAUAUGACUAGUGAUACGAAAAGGUACACACAAAUUGCAUCAGCAUUUCAUGAAAAAGCCCUUUCCGAUGCUGCGGAAGUCUUCAGGUAUACCCAAGAAGUUGAGAAAGAAAGAGGCGUUGCUAAUGUGAUAUCAGAAGAUCUGUGCUAUCGGUUCUGCAAGAAUGCCAGUGGAAUCCGAUUGCAACGCGGCACCGAUAAGGACUUUCCAAAAGCAUUUCAGGACUUACUGAGUGGAAUUGCAAACUCAUCAGAAGAAGAUGGAAGUGUUUCACUUGCAGUAUGGUUCUUACUCCUGAGGGCUGCCGAUAAAUUCCAUCGAGAGAAAGGAAGAUAUCCAGGAACGAACGGAGUUCCGUGUACAAUUGAUGCACUCGAUCUCAAGCAACGAGUUAUUUCCAUCAUUACAGCAUCGCGAGUGGAAAAUCCAGAAUCCAUAAUGUCACAAGUGCCACAGCAUGCUAUAGCCGAAAUAUGUCGAUAUGGUGCUGGAGAGCUGCAUGUUGUUGCCAGUCUUGUGGGAGGUAAAAUAGUCAUACUAGAUGUUGCGCGCAUUCUGUGC